UUCUUCUUCCUUCGGAACAAAGGAAGAGAACGAUCCAGUCAUUUCUUCGGUCGAUCUCCGCUCCGCGCGCUCCCGGAGAUACCAAGCAGCCGGCUCCGCCACCGUCAUCGGGCCGCCCACCGCUCGGAGCUACAUUUCAGUCUCCACUUGAGCCGCAAGAGGAGUCGGCGAUCGAAUUCCGUCGAAAAACUUCGAAUCUCUCCGCCGCUCGAACUCACAAAACUUUGAGCAAUGUACAACAAUAUGGGAACACCAGCAGGGGUUCCGCAGCCACCACCUAGUGCUCAACCCAAUCCAUUUGGAAAUUCAUUUUAUGGAGCUAGUUCUGGGCUUAUAAGAGGUGGUCUUGGUGCAUAUGGGGAGAAAAUUUUGGGUUCUAGCUCUGAGUAUGUGCAGAGCAAUAUUAGUCGGUACUUUUCUGAUCCUCAGUACUAUUUCCAAGUGAAUGACCAAUACGUCAGAAACAAAUUGAAGGUGGUUUUGUUUCCAUUUUUUCACCGGGGUCACUGGACACGAAUAAGUGAACCUGUUGGGGGAAGGCUUUCCUAUAAACCCCCAAUUUUCGAUAUCAACGCACCAGACUUGUAUAUCCCAUUUAUGGCAUUCGGCACCUAUGUUGUUAUUGCUGGCUUCUUCUUGGGUCUUCAGGGAAAGUUCAGUCCUGAAGCUCUCAACUGGCUGUUUGUGAAGGGACUGAUCGGGUGGUUCCUGCAAGUAGCCCUCCUCAAGAUCACCCUCCUCUCACUCGGGAGCGGGGAGGCUCCCUUACUGGACAUGGUGGCCUAUGCAGGCUACACCUUCACGGGCUUGGCCAUUGCGGUCCUGGGUAAGAUCCUGAUGAGUUACUCGUACUAUGCCCUGAUGCCAUGGUUCUGCCUGUGCAUGGGUAUCUUCCUCGUGAAGACAAUGAAGAGGGUCCUGUUUGCUGAGGUGAGAAGCUAUGACUCGAGCAGGCACCAUUAUCUGUUGAUUUUGAUCGCUCUUGCCCAGUUUCCACUCUUCUCUUGGCUCGGUAACAUUAGUGUCAAUUGGCUUUUCUGAUUUUGGAGGCGGUUGCUUUGUUGUAUCCAGCUUUGGAACUGCAAGGCCAUGCUUGCUAGGAACCUGUAGAAAGGGUAUGAAAUAGAACCUCAGUCAAUGAGGCAUAUUCUGUUCCGAAUUACCAAACUUGAUAUGAUUCUAUUGAUUUUUCUCAUUCUGAAUUACAUAUUGAUAUCAA